UAAAUCUCGGCUCAGCUCCUUUGCACAGCCUGUUAUUGGGGGUUUUUCCUAGUAGAAAAAGUAAUAUGCACUUAUUGUAGAAAACCUUAAAAAUAUAGGCAAUGUGGAGGAUGGAAUAAGGGUCAUGACCUGCCAGAUGGGCAGAGCCGCCAAUAAUGAAUGGAUGUGUCUGCAAUAUAUUCCUCUGAGUGUUUUCUCGGUCCCCAUGAAUAAUCCCAGAAUUGGACCUGUGGCUGUGGUUCCUGAUCUAGAUUCUUCCAUUGCUGUUGGACUGAGAAUAAGAAGUCUGUAUGGGGAGUGGGAACUAGUCUCUGGAGUCAUGUGUGCGCUGAGCACAUGUCUCUUCUCCCACUCUCCCACUGUCCGGUUCUAACUCAUCAAAGCUUAGCCCAUACCACCCCGUGAGUGCCAAGGCUGCCCUGGGCUAAGCUGUCAUCCAUCCUGGAAGCUCAUCAGGAUAGGUCCAGCCUGUCUCCCCUGGUAAGGGGGUGGGGGUCAUGUAGGAACUUCCGAGCCUCAGACAGACUGCUACCGUGAGGGAAGUCCCUAGCGCUACCUAUGCUUCUGUUCUCUGCAGCUUCUGGCAGUUACAUGCACAGCCAUUCCAGCCGCAGGAUGCCCUACGCCUGUAGCCCUGCUGAGGACUGGCGCCCACCCUUGGACAUCAGCUCUGAUGGCGAUGUGGAUGUCACAGUGCUCAGGGAGUUGUACCCAGAUUCCCCACCAGGCUAUGAGGAGUGCGUGGGACCAGGGGCCACUCAGCUGUACAUCCCCACGGAUGCACCGCCACCUUACUCGUUGACCGGCUCCUGCCCCGUGCUGAAUGGCGUCCUGGACUCAGGCAGCAGGCACAGCCAACAUCAGCAGGAGCAGAGGACCCAGGGCCAGAGUGGCCUCCACACUGUCUCCAUGGACACGCUGCCACCUUACGAAGCUGUGUGUGGAGCAGGCUCCCCAUCUGACCUGCUGCCGCUGCCAGGACCAGAACCACAGCCAGCUAACUCCCAGGGCUCAACCACCCCAACCCAGGCUCCAACUGCCAGUCCUGAGAGGAUUGUGUGAGUGACCCAGCCCAUAAGUCCCACUGGUCCUUCAAGGCUACCCUGUCUCCUCCGGGCACACAGGUGCACAUACAACUCGCGCACAUGCAUAUAUGACUACACACAUACACUGGCAUACCCUAAGUGCACACACGAACACAUACCACACACAUAGAGACACCUGUAUAGACACAGGUCCCACUACUACAAAACUUACCUGGGAAGAUUUUCUUUAGAGGAAGUGUCCCCUAUCUGGUGUCUCUCCCCCAACCCCAGCCUUGCACCUGGUGGUAGUGCCUCUCUGAACAGCGCUGGGCAGAGGUGAGGUAGGAAGCCCUACUUUCUUCUCUCUCCCCAGCUUCCUCUAGGCUGUGGCCACAAUCUGAUUCUCCUGCAGAAACUGCUUGGUCCACUUGCUGCCACAAGCCCUACACACCCUGGGGCGUGUCCCACUGGGAGCUCAGACAGGUCCCAGUGAGGCCCCUCUACGCACUGUGCCUAUCUUUCAACUCCAGGGCAGAAGAGCCACAAUGUCACCAUCCCGCCACUUACAGGGUGGAGAAACAGGUCUGGUGGCUUAGGCAUGACCUGGAGGUCCUCACAGCCCAUUGAGCCCCUUGCUGUUUCAAUGUCCUCAGCUUGGCGGUGCUAGUGGGUUAGCUCAGACACCCACCCCAAAGUACAGGGGGAGGACAGGCCCAUGGGCAUAUGUCAUGGAGGAGGGUCACGGUUCCUCCCAUGCCCAUACCAGGACUGGGAGUCCAAGGAAAACAAGGUAUGAGUAGUCUCAACACAGUGCUACCCGGACACUACUCUGGGGCACAGAAUGCCCAUUGCUCAGACAAUGCCCAGCCAGCCCUGGCAGCCUGAGCCUGAGAGCUUUUAAGCUGAUCUAAGAGUCAGUGCUGUCAUCCAGGGUGGCAACUCACUGCUGGGGACUGAGUUGACGAAUCCUGGCCUUAUCUCUCUGGGACAUAUGCAGAGACAAAAAUAAAAGGAAUAUGGACCCCAACCGGGGGGGGGGGGAACCACCAUGCCACUCUGAGAAGACUAGUGUCUGCUGCCAGCAUCCUGUCGCAGAAGGAGGUACGUGGAGACAGCUGGCUGGAGACAAUUUCAGAUCCUGGCCUGCGAACUCCAGCAAACUCCAUCAAAGACUAUAGAAGGUGACAGAGGUGAUCUUUGAAGACCCAGAUUGCCCAAGGUGAUGGCAAAGCAUCUUUGAGGAGUGUCCUGCUGCACUGCCGCUGGCAGGGAGCAAGACACCCUGCCUCCCCCACUCCCCACCUUUUGUCUGUCAUUCAUCCCGAAGCAGCAGACCCACCCCCAUUGACCCUCCUCCCACAUUUCAACUUCUCCAAAGAAGGGCUAAGAAAAUUCAGCAAUCCCUUUCUUAAGCAGAGGGUGACAAGGACGGCUAUCUUGAAUUCUAUUUUCUAUAGAAAUAGCAUUUAUUCUGAUGCAGAGCCGAAAGGGACCCACCCACCGUUUCUGUAGCAUCCUGUGAGCAGCCUGCUAGAGUCACAGUCUCCACCUGGGAGAGGGAACCGUGUUUACAAGCAGUUCUGCCCACCUUGCUGGUGUUCUGCUUUCUAGGCAGAAAUAUGUCUGUUGUGCUGUAUCGCCUUUCAGUUGCACCCCAGGGACGAGACGCUUUUUAGGAAAUGCCGUCUGUUUCUGUGGUUCUGGAAAGUGCUGGGGAGGGGAGAAAAACAUCCCUGCCUACUCAUCAUGUUGGAGGGAUCUACAGAACAGCUUUUCUCCUUCCUGGAUUAGGCUGAAUAAGCAGCAAUGUAUCUUUCCUGUGUUCAAAAUAAAUACAUCAUA